AUGCGCCAUCUACCGAGCCGAAUGGACAGAAGGCAAAAUAUUGCUCCGUCGGAGUUGCAAAGGCGUAGCAGCAGGGUUGUUCUUAGAUCACAGAGUUUGUCAGAGAACGAGGCUUCGAGUGCCGAAGUUCCCCCCAGAAGCACGGGUAUUGCCAUCAUGCGUCACAUUGUGUUGUCGCUCGUAUCCAAACCGUACAUGCGAUGCGGUGUGUGGCUGUUCGGCACGGUACGAGACCUCGGCGUGAAAGUGCCUUCGGGCGGACUGCACCGGAUGGGAAAGCGCGAAGCCAUUUACAUCAUGCCGAGGAAGAGCCGCGCUUCCGCUUUCCAGAAUAUCGAGCACUUUGACCAUGUCAUGGCACGAUGUUACUUUGACCGACUUGCCAACAACUCGUGUUCACGCCCAAAACGACUGGAUGGUGUUUCUGCUCACGAGAUAACGCAGAUCCAAGUCGGCUAA